AUGAACGUGACAUUGACAUCACCAGGGAAGGCAGCACACAAUACCGCACCACCAUCGUCAGACGUGCGAGAUCAGAUCAAUGGUGCGAGCAGUCCCGAGUCCCAGCGGAGUAGAGGAGUGCUUCGUAAGCAAAAGCAAGUGCAAGUGCGAGCAUCGAGAGCAGAGCAAUCGGGCAUCAGCAUCAGCAUCAGCAUCAGCAUUCGGAUCAGCAGAGAAUGGCAAUAUUGAGACUCAUGAGCAUCUCGAGAAUCUCAUGGCCCCCAUGCCCUCCCUACACCUGUGCCUACACCUACACCUACGCCUUUGCCAUACAUCGUCGUUGGCAAUCCCAUGCCCUGCCUGCCCUGCAAUGGAAGGUUGCUGCUCACUGCGCCGAUGCUCUGGAGACUGAACACUGA